UUUCACUUCCAGUCACGGUGCGGCUGUCGGAGGGGAGAGAGGUGAUCCGCCGCUAUGGACUGACAUCUACAAACAAUCUCUCUGUUUUUAAUCUAUUUUUUCUAUUUAAACUCUGCACGGUUCACCUUCAUUUCUCUCAACACCACCGAUUAAUCCUCAGACUUGAUUCUUGGCGAACUCUAACACAAUCAGCAGAGGACCGCGUGCAAUGCCGAAGACUCACACGUGGCCAGGCGGCGUUGCCAUGGAAUCCUUGAGCAAUUUGGACAGUGCCGGGAGCUGCGACAGUGUGAUCAGCAUGAACUCUGGCUCUAGUCAAGACAGUAUGGAGCACUUAUCUCCGGAAGAAAGGGCGUGCCUCAUGUAUUUGGAGGAGACAAUUGAAGCGCUGGAGGUGCAGGAGGACAGCGGGUUGUCCAAUGAUGAACCAGAACCUGCGUUCCAGACAGGCAUGGGAGUAAAUGACGUCUCCAGUUUAAAGUCUGAUGCGUCCGGAAGAGACCAGACAUCAGAGCCUGGAUCCAGAGGGUUCUCCUUCGAAGACCAAGCUGUGCAUCACGCUCUACAUCAGACCUCAGAACCAUCAGUGAACCUCAUGACUCAACCCGAACCUCCCGUCACCGAAUCAGCUGAUGAUUGCAAAACCCACCCAUCAGCUUCUGAGUUGUGUGUAUCCAAGGAUGCAGAUGGUCAUCUUCAGAUCGUCCCAAUUGCCAGCCUUUGCCCCGUUCAGUCCAAUGAGGCCUCUGAGAUCGAUAUGGGUGUGAUCCCUCCUCCCUCAGACUUCAUGGAUGAGCCGGCCCUUCCUCCUCAGAUACAGAACGUAAAAUACCCUCCUCCGUCAGCAGGAAUAUCCAAUGACAGGCCAGGAGCAACUGUGGACUUGGAGCAGCUACGCCAGAGAGCCUCUGCUUCGAGAAAUCCAGGAAGCUCCUCUGUGACCCAGAAUCCUCCAAUCAAGUCCCCAAAUCUGAGUCUACCAGCCCUCAGCUCUGGUCCCCCAAUGAGUCUUCCUCCUGAUGCGGUUGAGCCCAGAAGUCCACCUGUCGUGGCCCCGAAGCCCAAGAGGCUUCCUGCCAACAUUAUUCUGAAGUCACACAAAGCGGCCGUCUCUGAUAACAACUUGGAACAUUCGAUGCCCACUAGCAGUGACCGGCUCUUGCUGGACCCCCAGAGGAUCCGCAUUGAGGCCCUCAGAAAGCUUGGCCUGCUGCCUGCAGAGGCCGAUUCAGGCCCCGCCCUGAGCCCCAGCCUUUCUCCUCAAUCUAGAAGCUCAUGGGCAGCUCCUCUUUCUCCAAUCAGCCCAAAACCUCCACACACACCACCCUUCACUUCAUCGUACAGCCAUGUCAACAGCUCACCUCCCGCCUGCAUCCCUUUCCAGUAUCCCGCUGCUGUGACACCAUCGGCUACCUCCACCGCUCCCGAAAUCCAGCCUGCCGAGGUUCUGCCAGCACCUGCUGCCUUCAGUGACUCCGUCGGACCUCCACUGUCAGAUAAUAAACUGUCUACCAUCAAAGAUGCUUCAGUGGCCGCAGUUAAUGCACAAGUGUCCACGCUCCCUCAAACCCCUCCUUCCCUGGUCAAGCAUCUAACCCCACCCAAGGUCAUGGGUGUCAAAUCGGCCACCCUGGAGCGCUCUGGUCUGGGUCUGAGCAGCUACCUGGCCAGUCAAGAGUCCGCCAAGGCCGGCAUUGCCAAGCAGCUGCAUAAAAACAGGCCGCGCCAGGCUUCUCUGGGGAACGGGAAAGAGUUUACAAGUGAAGCAGGGAGAGAGGGUUUUCCAGCGGGCCGAGCCACCAGCAAAGAGCCUGAGUUACGGAGGUCCCUGCCUACCCACAAAGCCUUUCAGCACUCCGGAGAAUCUAAGAAGCUGCCUCGAUCGCAAGGAAUCAGUGUACUGAUCUGCCCUCGUUCAGAAAACGGAGAAGACCGCCGCGAUGCCCUGAAGAAGCUGGGGCUGCUCAGGGACUGAGGCAUCGAUGUUAUACCUCGUUUUAGUUCCACGGACACCCUUUAGAUUCUACAUUUAGAGGAACAUACCGGAGAUUAAUACAGGAUUGAUGAAGGCAACACAUCACUUUAGGGAAGCAGCUUAACCACAUAGUUCUGCAUUGUCCUUGUUACUGCACUUAGCAUUAAACCGUCUCACGUGUCUUGAAUACAUUGACUGUCAUACCCACUAUAACAUUUGCUUGUUCUUCAUAUUGUGCAGCCAAAUGUACAGUUUUUUUAUUUCUCAUACAAACUGUCAAUCAAGAACUUCUUGGCUAUUCAUUGACGCUCUCUCACUGUGGCUGUGGUUUUUAAAUUAAAAAUAUACUGUUACUUUUAAGAGGGAAAUGAGUUGAUUUGUCAUUUAAAUAUGUUUCUUGUGAUC